AUGACUGGCACAGAUAAAAUUAAACCACUAUUAAUUGGAAAAUCGGCAAAACCUAGGUGUUUCAAAGGUAUUAAAACAUAUCCAUUAGAUUAUGAAUUAAAUAAAAAAGCGUGGAUGACGAGUGCAUUGUUUGAAAAAUGGCUGUCUAAUUUUGAUAAAAAAAUGAGUUUAAUAGGGAAAAAAGUACUCUUCUUUAUUGACAAUUAUACUGCUCAUAAAACAAAAAAGAAAUUCAAUUCUAUUAAAGUAGAAUUUUUUCCACCAAAUACGACUUCACAACUUCAGCCAAUGGACCAAGGUAUAAUACAGAACAUUAAAAUAUUAUAUCGUAAAGAAGUUAUUCGCAAAAUGGAAAAAGAAAUCAAAUAUACUCAUUUAGAAAGCGACGAUGGAGGUUCCGAUUGGAAAUUUAUAGUAGAUCACUAUAAAUUAGAACCAGAAAUUACAUUUCAUACAUUUACUGAAAUAGACACUAAGAUACAUACAAUUGGAGUAUUAAGUGAUCAAGACAUUGUAGAUGCAGUGCAACCGACUCCUAAAUCCGACUCAGACGAAGAUGAAGAGGAUGAAUAUCCAUUAGUUGUCUCAACAAAAGAAGCGAAAGCAUCACUUGAUAAAUUAAGAGUAUUCAUUGAAAAAACCGAAGGUGCAGAUGAAAUACUUUUCAAGUACUUGGGGGACAUUGAAGACUUUAUUUUAAAACAACCCAAACGUCAAACUCUUAUUUCAAAUUAUUUUUCUAAAUAA